AAACUUAUGUGUGUUAUGUGUUAUCCCUUAUAUUUAUUGAAUUGUCUGUCACACUUGUUAGUUACAUACGUUCAGAUACGUAAACAAAACUAUAUCAUUUUUCCUUCUUUUUUGCAUUUAAAUUAAAGAGAAAAUGUCGGGAAAGCCAGCGAAACAAUUUGGCUUAAUAAUGCCAAAAAAGAAUCAACUUUCAGCACCGAAGGCAGUGAAUGUUUUUGGUGACGACAGUGACAUGGACGAUGACGAUGGCGUCGAUAGAAUUCAAAAAUGUUGGAAAGCUGAAAGUGGAAAAAGUCAAAUAAAAAAGCAAGCUCUUAUAAAUGCCGAACGUGCAUUAGAAGAGGAUCCCACAAUUUUUCAAUACGACGAAAUAUAUUCAGAAAUUCAUGUCGACACAGAAAAGAAAAAGGAAGAGAAAAAGAAACAGGAACCCAAGUAUAUAAAAAAAUUAUUACAAAAUGCUGAGAAACGAAAACGCGAAAAUGAAUUGAGAAUUGAGAGAAGUGUUCAAAAGGAAAGAGAAGCCGAGGGUGAUAUGUUUAAGGACAAGGAGAAAUUUGUAACUGCUUCCUAUCGAAAGAAACUCGAGGAGAAUAAAAAACUCGAAGAAGACGAAAAAGAAGAGGAAAGACUCGAAGCUAUUGGCGAUGUUACAAAACAAGUAAAUAUCGAUGGUAUUUAUCGUCAUUUAUAUAGUCAAAGAUUUGAAAUUACUUCGAAAAAUAUAGACAAAAAUCAAGAACAAAAGUCAAAUGUAGACAUUCCCAAAAUAUCCAUUGAUCAGAAAAAAAUAAAAUUAGAAAAAAAUAUAGACGCAGACGAUUCUUCGGUAAAUGAUUCGAGUUCAGAUGAAAAAACAAAAGCAGAAGCUUUGAAGAUUGUUUCGAAAAGUAGAAAGGGAAAACAAUAUCGAAAACGUGGCACGGAAAUAAUGGAAUCGGAAUCAGAUGAGGAGAAACAGGAGAAAAAAGUGGAAAAAGAAAAAGAAGAGAUAAAGGAAAGUAGAGAGAAAAAAAUUGACAACGUCAAGGAAAAAGAACAAGAAAAGAACGAGGAGGAGGAGAAGAAGAAGAAGAAGAAAGAAGAGGAAAAAUCGAUUUCAAAUGUUGAAAUUGGCGAAAGUUCAACAUCGAGUGUUAAAAGAAAAGAAAGAGACGAGAAUAAAGAAGGUCGAAGUGAUGAAGAAUUGUCAAAUAGUCCAAAUAAGCGAAAAAAGGAUGAUGUCAAGCCAAAACCACGAAAACCUGAGAGAAAUGUAACAAUUUGGAUAAAAAGAACCGUUGGUCCAAUUUUUGAAGCUGCUUUGCAAAGAUAUUACGCUCGACAAGCGGCGAAAGCAUCUUAAUUCUAUUACUACUGUAAAUAGUUUUUUUUUUAUUUAUAAUAAAUUAAAAAUUUCGAGAGAAACGCAA